AUGGACCAAAUUUGGGAACCGGAAGAGCUACACUACACUAAGCAGAUAGUCUAUGCUUGCUUGCCUCUCUUCGUCGCAUUUCCAAUCUUUUUCAAUGUGUAUUGGUUCGUCGCUUGUACUCUUAGCUCUUCUUGUAGCGAUGUCCUCCCUCUAGCUUACAGAAUCCUAGUCCUAGUCUUCGUCUUCUUGAUCAUCGGGAUCAUUGUCUGGAUCCAAGUUGCUAAUUGGCACAGAAUCGAGCUCACCAUCCACAUCAUCGGCGUUGCAUCGGAUGCCUUGUCCAAAAACUUGAAGCUUUUUCUUGUGUUGCCGUUGCUGACACUCGGCUUGGUGGUUUACUAUGCGCCGAUUGUGGUGUUCUUGGUGUUUGCAAGGUUUAACGGAAAGUUUGUGCCGAGAGAAUCUGAUGGUGAAUACUCUUGUGAGUGGAAGCAAGAUUCAUGGGUUCCUGCGUAUUUCGCACUCGCCAUCGUAACGAUGCUCUGGUCUCUUGCUGUAAUGGUGGAAAUGCAAGUCUAUGUGAUUAGUGGAGCAAUCUCUCAGUGGUAUUUCUCCAAGGAAGACUCCAUGCCUAAAAAAUGCAUCCGUACUUCUUUGAGGAACGCAUUUGGGCAAUCCUUUGGUACAAUAUGUCUGUCAGGAAUUCUCAUCGCCGUUGUUCGUGUAGUGCGAGCCAUUGUGGACAACGCAAGAGAAGAGAACCCACAGGGCAUAGUGAACUUGGUUCUCCGUUGCUGCGCAAGCGCCCUACUUGGAGCUAUCGACUAUCUCAACAAGUUCACAAUCAACUUCGCUGCAAUCACCGGUGAAGCCUAUUGCACCUCUGCCAAAAUGACUUACGAACUCUUAAGGCGCAAUCUGCUCUCUGCUGUCUUUGUCGAAACAGUUUCCACUCGGAUCCUAACCGGGAUUGUCUUUGUCCUCUCAUCCGCUUAUGCAGUCGCGACAUGGGCAGUUCUGAGAGGAGUGAGCAACUUGGGUAAAGAUUCCUACCUGGUGGCAGUCCUCGCAUGGCUAGUGUUGAUUGUGAUAUUGGCUUUCCUUGUAAAUGUUCUUGAUAAUGUGAUCGACACGAUCUAUGUGUGUUACGCCAUCGAUCGAGACAAGGGAGAUGUUUGCAAGCAGGAAGUUCACGAGGUCUAUGUUCACUUGCCUAUCAGCAGAAGCAACAGAUCUCCCCUCAUCCCAAAUGCUCUUAAUGCAUAG